AUGCAACAAACCCACAUUGUUUUGCAAUUAAAUAUUUGUAAAAUGGAAGCUAAAAAGCUUAAAUCUCCCACUUCAAAUUUAGAUAUCCAUGUGUCUAGUACCCUUUUGGUCCCAGCCACAAAUAUAUACUGUGAAGCAAAAAUUCAAACCUGCCCCAAACAAACUUGGUCUCCUCUAGGAGAGACUGAAGUAAUCUACGACUCCCAAAGUCUCCAAUGAAUAACCCCUAUAAAAGCAAUUUACAAGUUUCAGGCUCUUCAAUACAUUCGUUUUAAUAUUUUUCAAAAAGACAAUGAAAAUGACAAGAGGCAUAUUGGGCUUGCAACAGUGACCUUGGCAAAACUUGUCGGUUCUCCUCAGUUGGAAUUUGAGCUUAAAAGCUUAGAAACUAACGAAGUUGUGGGAUCAAUUUCUUUAUAUGCUGAAGAAGAAAUUUCAUGUAAAGAAAAGGUUUUGCUAACUUUAAGAGGAGCUCAUUUAGACGAUUUGGACACUUUUAGUAAAAGUGACCCAUUUUUAAAAAUUUAUAGAGAACACAGCGGAGAUUGGAUUUUAAUUCAUACGACUGAAGUUAUUGAUGACUGUCUAGAUCCUCAAUGGAACCCUAUUAUGCUUGAAAUGAAUGAAUUAUGCAGAGGGGAUUUAGAGACCAUGAUAAAAUUCGAAUGUUUUGAUUUUGAUAGCGAAACAGAUUUCGAACUGAUAGGAGUUGGGACUUGUAAAGCUGGACAAUUAUUAGAAAAAGGGUUUAAUUUUCCACUUAUAAAUCAUGAGAAACAAAGAAAAAAUAAAAAAUAUAGAGAUUCUGGCGAAGUAUUUGUGGAAGAUGUCACUGUCACUCAAGCUGACACUUUUAUCGAUUAUAUCCGAGCCGGAAUGAAUUUAAACUUGACUUUUGCUAUAGAUUUUACUGCAUCCAAUCUUUUACCCUCUAAUAAUAACAGUUUACAUUAUAUCAACCCAGAUCCAAACUAUAAAAAUGAAUACCAAAAUGCAAUAGAACUAAUUGGAAAAUGCUUUACUCCCCUCUCUCUGUGAGUGAACAAAACCAUUAGAAAAAUCGCUAUUUUUUGCCCAAAAGCCCACCCUCCUGAGUGAACAAAAAUUUUUUUAAUUGAAAAAUUUUUUUUAUGGAAAAAAAAUUUGAUAUAUAAGUAAUAAUAAUAAUGAAAUCUAGAGCAAAUUCUGUUUAAUUUUAAACGAAUUGCUUUUUAAAAAAUGAAUUUUAUAAAUUAAAUUAAUAUUUGCUUUCCAAUUUUUGUGAAUUAGGAUUUUUUUUAAAUUUAGAAAAAAAAAUAUUUUUUUAUAAAAUUUAUAUAUAAAUUUUUUUAAAAAAAAAAAAAAUAACCCCCCUCCGUGAGUAAAAAAAAAAUUUUUUUGUUCACUCACGGAGGGGGUGGGGAGUUAAAAGAAUAUGACAGCGAUAAUAAAUUAGCAGCAUUUGGGUUUGGAGGAAUACCAUCAUGGAUAGGAAUUACGAGUCACUGCUUUCCGCUUAAUGAAAAUGAGGCAAAUCCAUAUGUUGAAGGAUAUGAAGGCAUUCUGGAAGCCUAUAAGCAGAGUUUAAGCAAAAUCACAUUGGAUGGGCCUACAGUAUUUAAUGAGGUUUUGCAGUCUGAGUUUAAAAUAAUCAAUGAGUCUGAUGCAAAGACUUAUCAUAUUCUAGUGAUUAUUACUGAUGGAGACUAUUCGGAUAUCAGGGAAACAACGAGAAGCAUUGUAGAGGCAAGUGAAAAGCCAUUGAGCAUUAUUAUAGUUGGUGUUGGAUGGGACUUUUUUGACAAACUUGUAGCGUUAGACUCUGAUAGUGCUUUACUGAAAGAUGACAGAGGAAGAAAAGCUGUAAGAGAUAUUGUGCAGUUUGUUCAAUAUAGACAAUACAAAAAUGAGCCUGAGCUGCUGGCGAAAGAAGUGUUAAAAGAAAUUCCUAAAUCUCCCUCCAUUAGAGAAGCAAACCAUUAAAAAAAUCCUUAUUUUUUUCCAAAGCCACCCUCAGUGUGAGCCAACAAAAAAUUACUUUAAUAUAAAGAUUUUUUAUGGAAAAAAAUUAAAUAUAAGUAACAUAUAGUAAUGAAAUAUCUAGCUAAUUCUAUUUAAUUUUAAACAGCUUACAUUUUAAAACAUAAAUAUUGCAAAUGAAAUUAAUUUUUUUGUUCUCUAUUUUAAACAAUGGAAUUUUUUUAAUUUCUAAAAAAAAAUUAACCCCUCACUCUAUGAGUGAACAAAAUUAUUUUGUUCGCUAACAGAGGUAGGAGUAAGCAAAUAAUGAAAUAUAUGAAGCAGCAUGGGGUUCAGCCCAGCAAUCUCACAUCUAUCGUAUAG